AUGGGACUCGACGCGGAUGUCGGCAAGUCACCGUCGCCCUCCGCUGCCCCGCAGCAUAGGCGCGGCUAUCAGGCUUGCGAUCCGUGUCGCAAGCGCAAGGUGAAGUGUGACUUAGGCAGUGUCGAUAAUCCUCGUCCCCCGCCCUGUGUUCGAUGUCGUCGUGAGAGUAAACGAUGCGAAUUCUCAGCCACUCGUCGCAAGCGCAAGCUCUCCGAUGCCGAAGAUGAAGAUGAAGAAACUCCCGAUCCGGGGCCCGUCCUUCAACGUGACAAGCGAAUGAUGAUUGGCGAGGUCUCUGUGAAAGAAGCACCAACAGAGGGAUCCCCAUUCCCCGCAUCUGAGCCCUUAUUCGACGCAGAAGGCUUUCGCGCGCGCCAGCGAUGGGCAGAACCGGCCCCAGCACCGGCUCCAGCAGCUGCGGCCGCUGCCCAACGAUAUACCCCCCAGCGCUCCCAUAUCAUCCUCGUCAAGACCCUUUGUGGAUUCUAG